CAAAUCCCAAUGUCAAUGAACCAAGAAAAUCAAGACCAGAUUCAUCUCCUCUUAAUUCACUUCCUUUUUAUUUACUUCACCUCUUUCUUCUUUUUCUUCUCUAUAUAAACCUAUUCAGAUCCUUUUCUCCUUCAUCGCAAAUCUUACAUUUGCUCUCUCCCUUCCAUCACCCACAAAAGGGUUUUUUUUUUUGGCACCCGAAGUGAUAAACCUUAAAACCAUAAAACCACAAAGGUUCUUUAUCGUUGAUCACUAAUAUAAACCCUAUGGCAGAAUUCAAGAGAAAGUUCAACAAAGGCCAUGCUUUUACAAGCAAAUGUGUUUCCUUGGUGAAGGAACAACGAGCUCGUCUCUAUAUUCUCCGCCGUUGCGCUACCAUGCUUUGCUGCUGGUACAUCCAUGGCGAUGAAUAGAGAGAGCCCCCUUGAGUUCAUCUUUCAAAUUACAUAUAGCUAUAUAUAUGUGUGUGUAUAUAUAUAUGCCUCUCCUCCCCAUCUCUUCUUCUUGAAUCCAUGUUGGUAUUGGUGGUUGCAUGGCGUGAUCCCUCUCCAUAAAUAUUUUGAUUCUCUCUUCUAUUGGUGCAACCCUGCUUAAUCUCCUCUUUUUUAACCUAAAGAGUG